UUCCACGCUUUCUUGCUCCCUUGCUUGCGUCUCCUCACUCGGCAGCAGACACGCACAACACAACACCGUCGGCAUACACACACCCACAUGCGCGCACACACAACACACACGCAUUCUAAGCGGCAUCCUCAACACAAAAUCAGACGCCCUUGGACUGCAGUGGGGGAGGAUGCGUGUGUGCUCCUGGGAGGCGUUUGCUGAGACGGGUGUGGUCUUGCUAGCCGUCCUCAUGCUGAUGAUGUCCAUGGGACGCCUCACCACCACAGCUAAUACGCCACUGCAGGAGGAAGGCAGCGUGGCCUCCAACAGUCUGGAGGAACUCCAGGUGAUGGCGUUCUGGUGGGGCGAGUGGGCCAAGUGGACAGCAUGCACACGCACUUGCGGUGGAGGUGUAAAGUCACAAGAGAGACACUGCCUAAAGCAGAGAAAGAAAAUUGCUGCUUUCAAGGACAAUAUGACGUGUUCGGGAACCUCCAAAAGAUACCACCUAUGCAAUGCACAAGACUGUCCAGCCAGUGGUCGAAGCUUCCGGGAGGAGCAGUGCUGGUCUUUCAACUCGCAACUUUACAAUGGCCACAGCUACCAGUGGAAACCUCUGUAUCCGGACGACUAUGUGCACAUCUCCAGUAACCCUUGUGACCUCCAUUGCACUACCGCUGAUGGCCAGCGGCAGCUGAUGGUGGCGGCUCGCGAUGGCACGUCCUGCAAGUACAGCAGCUACCGUGGUGUCUGCGUGGACGGUAAGUGUGAGCCAAUAGGAUGUGAUGGCGUUCUCUUCUCAUCGAACACACUGGACAAAUGCGGAGUCUGCCAGGGCGACGGCAGCAGCUGCAGCAGAGUGACUGGAAACUUCCGCCGAGGGGCCACUACGCUUGGCUACGCCUUCAUCACGCAAAUCCCUGAAGGAUCAUGGGACAUCCAGGUCAUUGAGAGGAAAAAGUCAGCUGAUGUUCUCGCCGUAACUGACCAGGCGGGAAACUUCUUUUUCAACGGCGCCUACAAGGUGGACAGCCCUCAGAACUUCCACGUGGCGGGCACCGUCUUCAAGUACCGCCGCCCCAUGGAUGUCUACGAGACGGGCAUUGAGUACAUCGUUGCUAAAGGGCCACUGGACCAGCCUGUCAACAUCCUGGUGUUGAAUCAGAAUGGUCGCACACCAUACAUCACAUAUGAGUACACGGUUCUGAGAGACUCCCUACCGCCUGUGCCGCCGCCUCCUGUCUACACGGGCGCCGACAGCUCAGUGGAGGCCGGGCCACUGCCCGCGCCCAAUGCUAGCCGCUACCAGCAGAAUCCUAUAGGGGGGCCUAUGGAGGGGCCGGGGGAUGCCGUUCAGCAGGAGACCAACGAGGUCUACGAGGAGACUGCACACAUACACUGUGAUACGAACACACACUACACAGAGGGCAACAGUAGCCAUACAGUAAGCACGGUUAACCCAAUCCCCGCCGGCAUGCCCUUGGACCCUGAGGCAGAUGCCCCCAACCUCAUUUGGAGGGUUUUACUGGAAGGACGCGUGGGCACAGAUGAGCUGCUCAUCAACAUUUCAACCAAUCAACUCCUGGAGAUGGAAGAAGACAGUUUAUUUUUGGCAGAGGAGGAACCUGGCGGCCCUGAGGCCGACCGACCCCCCGGACUUAACCAGACCCUGGAGUUUACGCUUGGACGCAAACGAAACAGCAGCAGCGCAGACGUUUUCUACCACAACAAGACGCUGUAUGCAACAGGCAGGGCAAGCAACCGCUCGAACAAAACCAGAGGGGGUUCAAGGCUCUACCAGAAAAACCUGAAGUUGAGUCCAGCCGACAUGUACCGCUGGAAGCUUUCCUCGCAGGAACCCUGCAGCAUGACCUGUUCCAUUGGCGUGUCCAAAUCCUUUGUCACAUGCAUCCGCUAUGAUGGCGUGGAAGUGCACGAUAUGUACUGCGAUGCUUUGACCCGACCGGAACCAGUUCAUGACUUCUGCAUCGGACGGGAGUGUCAGCCCAGGUGGGAGGCCAGCAGCUGGAGUGAAUGCUCCCAGACCUGUGGCGAGGGUUUCCAGUUCCGGCAGGUCCGAUGCUGGAAGAUGCUCUCGCCUGGCCUAGAUAGCUCUGUCUACAGUGACCUGUGCACCAUGGCUGACCUGGAGAGACCAAUGGAGAGGCGGGCCUGCAAAAGCCCCGCAUGCGGUCCCCAGUGGGAGGUGGCUGAGUGGACAGAGUGUACUGCUAAGUGCGGCCGAAGAGAUCAGGUGACCCGUGACGUCCGCUGCUCUGACGAAAGUCGCCCAUGUGAUCCCAUGACCGAACCGGCCGGUGUCAAGAACUGCACAGGCCCGCCUUGUGAACGCCAUUGGACCGUGUCCGAGUGGGGGCCUUGCUCGGGCCCAUGCCCACAUGGGAGGAUGGUGCGUCAUGUGUACUGCAAAGCUCCGGAGGGCCGCGUGGUGGCUGAGGACCAAUGCCCCGAGGAAGAAAAGCCGCUCUCUGUACAGCCUUGUGGGGAGAGGGACUGCCCUGCCCACUGGCUGAGUCAAGACUGGGAAAAGUGCAACACCACAUGCGGCCGCGGCAUCAAGCGAAGGUUUGUCCAGUGCGUGGGCAUCAGUGGUGGCAAGUUCCUGAUUUUAGACGAAGAAGCAUGCAGUGCUGAUGAGAGGCCUGAAGACGAGAGCACCUGUUUCGAGCGGCCGUGCUUUAAGUGGUACACAACACCGUGGUCCGAGUGCACCAAGACUUGUGGCGUAGGCGUGAGGAUGCGCGAUGUCAAGUGCUACCAGGACCGCGAGCUGGUGAGAGGCUGUGACCCUCUCACCAAGCCCGUGUCCAAGCAGACAUGCAGUCUACAGCCAUGUCCCACUGAGCCACCAGAUGAGAGCUGCCAAGACCGGCCCACCACCAACUGUCUCCUUGCUCUUAAAGUCAACCUGUGCAGUCACUGGUACUACAGCAAGGCCUGCUGCCACUCCUGCCGGGCUGUGCGAGCCACCGCAUCCUAAAGCUCCCCAUCCCCUCACCUUGCCUCCCCCAAAAUUGUGCACAUGGAUUUUGUUCAUCAGGUAGCCUGAGUGCAACGUUUACAUUCACAAAAGACAAGUCAACAGACAAGAAAAGGUUACACGCGCUUGCUGACUGUCGAGCUUCCUCAUGCCGGUCUCCAACAUUUUCCUCUUUUCGCAUCAGUUGCUCUUCCCCCACACCAUUCUUAUUCUCUCCCUUCCAUCGACUUUCACUCUCACUUACUUGUCAUCAGUCUUGCUCUUUUUAAACAUUCACAUGUAUCUUCUUUCUUUCUUCUCAUUUAUUGUCCACUUUUCCCAUGUCCUUCUCACUCUCUCUCCCUUUCUCUCGCUCUUUUUUCCAUCCUUAACUCUUAAAUUGUAUUUUCUGCCAUCCUUCACUCUUUGUACAGGAUGACUGAAAAGUCACUAUACUUUAAAAAAAUAAAUCUUUAAAAUUACACAGGAUACAGAGUUUAUUCAUACUUGUAGCAUCAUCAAAUCAGCCACUUAUGGACUCAAGCUUCCCUUACAUUUUGCAGAAUCUUUUCCCCAAUUUCGCGGAACUCAUUCAAUUCCCCUCAAAGGAGCGAGGCCAGGGGUCAGCAACCUUUAACACUCAGAGCCAUUUUGGCCACCGAAAAGACAACACAGGAAGCCCCACACACGUUUUUUCUAUCUGAAAUGAAGAUGUUAUACCAGGGGUCGGGAACCUUUUUGAAUGGGAGAGAGGAAAAAAAGUCAGAUAAUUUCUAUAUACAGGUAGUCCCUGGGUUAUGAACUCGUUCUGUUCCUACGCUGGCGACGUAACCCGAAUUUCCAUGUAAAUUGGAAUUAACCCUUUAAGUACCAGUGUUGGGAAUAACGCCGUUAUAUUAUACUAUAUACUAUAUAUUUUUCAGUAACAGAGUAAUCUAAUUAAUUACUUUUCUCAUCUUGGCAAUGCUGUUACCGCCACUGAGGCGGGAAAGGCGUGCGUCACUAUGCGUUACUAUGUUGGUUGACUGACGCGAGAAAAGUCUGAGAGAGACGGACUCACAGAGACGAGAGAGCAGAGCAGGAGUGGGGAGGAGGCAAGGGAGUUGGGACGCCGUUGCAAACGCGACGCUACUAUGCUAGGUGGCUCCAAUAAUACCUGACUGUAGCCGAUAGCCUACAAACUACGUCCACAUGAUGCUACGGUAGAUAUCAACUAUAUACAGAACUAGAUGCAAAUGACAGACACGGCGGCAUUAGCAACAUAUACAGUAUAAUAAAGAACUAGAUGCAUUAGUAAACAGCCGCCAUCUUAAAGCAGUAGACUUCUCAUGAAGGCUCUGUUGUAGAGAACCUUCCUAGCGAACCUAAGUCACUUUUAUCUAAAAUGCUACUAAAUCGGAAAAAUUAAACUUAAAUCUAUCUUUAAAUGAUGAAACAGUUUUAAAACUUACACAUGUCGAAAAUAGACAGAAGGGAACUAAUGCAAUAUGGGAGCAAUUUUAACAACUUUAACAGUUGAUUCCCAACAUUAAAUGACUUCCACUCAUAGCAAAGGCUAUUAUCUAGUUAUCGCAACAUCUGCAAUACCCUUGUGUAUAGUUAAGUUUAGGGUAAAGAAUGUAAAGAAAAGUAAUUUGUAAAUGUGAUUAAUUACAUUUUUAUAGUAGGAUUCCCAGCACUGUUAAUACCCACAAAUACCCCCUAAAUCUCAAAAUAACUAUUCAAAAACAUGUAUUUGGUCAUUUUAAUAAAAUAAAGUAAAACAUAAGAUACUGUGCUUAGACACAGUGAAUGUGAAUAUGACUGUCUUUAUAGGCUGAAUAGUUUUAAUGUGCCACAUGGGAGUUUGGUAUACUCCCACGGUGGUUGUUUACAUGGUUUUGUUUAUUAGUCCUUGUGACUUUUUCCUGUGGGGCUAUAGCAGGGGUCGGCAACCCGUGGCUCCGGAGCUGCAUGUGGCUCUGUUCAAUAUUAAAUAAAUGAAUAUUGUAGCACCUGCGAGAUUCAUCAAUAAAGUUUAACCUUCCUUUAGUAAGCAGAAUAAAUCAGGCUUACUUUCUUUGUAUCCUAGUAAACAGAACAGUUACGCAGGUCAUGAAUUCACCAACUAUUUAUAGUCAUGAUUACAACUCGUAAGGUGUGCCCUCAAAUUGUUAUGCCAUUCACAAGCGCUAAGACUUGAGGAUAAACCUUCUGAGUUGCAACUGUCACUUUACAUAGUUGGUGAAUUAAUGACUUGUGUGAGUGUUCUGUGAAUAGAAGUGUGUAAAAGUGAGCGUUUAUUUUGCUUACUAAAAGGAGACUUAUCUCCUUUACUCAGUACAGAAUAUAUAUAAUAUGUGUGUGUGUCAAAAUGGCUCCUUAAGCAUUUAAGGUUGCCGACACCUGGUCUAUACCAAAAACUAUGCUAAUAAGCCCAGUGACCUGCCAUAGCUUGCUGAAAGAAUCUGCACUGCUCACAGUGAAAUCACUGCUGAAAAAAUGUCAGGGCACCCUGCGUCCAUACGAAGACUAAAAAAUGGAGGCAUAUAUGGAAUGUGGAGGUAUACAGCUGGUCAGCAAGACUUUGAUACAUGAUAGCAAAUUAAGCAAGUAAAACUGCAAUAACUUCUUUGUUGAUUCUUAGAAUAUGAGAAAAUCAGUUUCCUGUGGAAUACUUUUAAAAGUGUAUGGUGACUUUUCAGACAGCCUAUCACUUUUUUUUUUACCCACAAUCUUAAACAAACCUUUAGUUUUGAACCAGAACAAUAAUGAAGGUGUGACUCCUGCUGUCUGGCAGUCAACUUUGUGUGUUUCUCUAGACAAGACCUUCAUCCAUUCAAUUAUUAACUAUUAUUUAACGUUGACAGCAAAUGAAAUAUGCCCGCCAGCGUAUUUAUUUGUCAUCACACAUUUAAAAAUAAUACUUUUAGUUGUUUUUUUCCCGCCACAUCAGCGUGACUGCCUAAUGUUUCUCCAUUGGGUACUAAAGAGACAAAAAACAAACAAACAAACAAACAAAAAAAACAAAGAAUAUGAUGGUGGACAGAGGAGCCGAGAUUCCUGACACUUGAAAAUGUAUUCAGCUGUGUUUAACUUACUGUCUUUGCUAUAAAUAUUAAGAAUACCUCUUUGUACGAUGCGCCACGACGCA